UACACGCCCUCGAGUGUGGCUAUCGGUCUUCAACACUUCGUGUGCAGAUAAAGAAGCACUCUUCACGAUGCUCUUGCUCGGUAUCGCGUUUUCCUGUACUUAUCACCAUCGUCGUGUCAGAGUACAACAGGACCCAAGCACGAUUUUUUGUCCAGAUAGAGCUCGUUUAGCUUAGAAAGUCAAGCACAACCCCAUGAAGUUCAUCCAUGAUAGUCUUGCAGUUACAACACAUGCGAUUGCCAUGGCGACGCGUCCACCUUCUAGUUACACUAGCUCUGAACGAAUCGCGUCGCAUUCUUUGGUACGUACAAUAGGAUAUCUGUUGGAUCAAAAUUCGCCCUACUAGGAGGCAGUUUCUGUAUCAAAUUCCACAUGAAACGGUGUUUACGGCUAAACCUACACCUAGUAUUUAUCUGGCCCCAAUAUCAAUAUAUUUUUCCCCUUUGAAAUUUCUGAAGCAUUCGAACCAUGCCCCCUUCCUCCUCUGGUAAAACACCAAGCCAACCGCCCAAUCCCGAAACGAUAGGCGCGAAGAGGUCGCUCGUGACCCGGGACUUUCUCCUCCUCGAUGGAGAUCACGAAACGCAGGCGAACAGCAACGCGUCGUCCUCCGUGGCUACCGCCCCUCCGUUUGCCGCUCCCGGCAUGGCAGCGCUACCUUUGAUCCGAGAGACAACCGCUGGGAGUGCGGCGAGCCAGGAGUCGCAAGUCACGGAGCGGUCGAGGCAGGUAAGUAGUGACGUUGCGGCGAGUUUGUACAGUUAUGCGAGCGGGAGCUCUGCGCGAAGCGGAACCAUAGAAACUUUGCGAACUGGGAGCAAGGACACACUGCAGAGCGGGAAUGCGUUGAUCGGCGCACGGGAUCGGGAACAAGCAAGGACGUCGGACACCAGGGAAGAUGCUGCUGGCUCGGCGACCACGACAACCAGGAAAGGACACGAUGGCAAAUCUAAAAAGCCAAUCGAAGUGGUAGACUUGGCCCCCUCAGGGCCCCACCUAUUUUUUCCCCCCGUGCAACUCUUGUCGGGUGCGACCGAGCAGGAUCUGAGACUUGUGGAGAGGAUUUUGAAGCACCGUAAGUUCGUUUUCACGGGCAACGCUGAAGAGGAAGAGGAGGAGCAACAGGGGGCGAAUCAACAAAGGCGAGAACAACAGGAACGACUCCUAGAUCCGAAUUCCACUGCGCGAGGUCGUGAAAAUGAUCCAAAUGCUGGCCACUUGGCAGCCGAGAGGACGACCGUGGACCAACAAGAGGGACCAGAAACGUCAAUGCAGAACGUCACUGCACAUCACAAUGAUAGCGUUCUUGAGAACAACGAGCCCGAGCAGUGGGAUGACAUUGACACGCGAGUGCACGCCGACGGGGACCUGCAGACCAUGCUGACAGGCGGAAUCAAUAGUCCACAACACCUCCAACGAGCAACUGCGGAGAGAAUUAUCGCAAUAUGGCGAGUCUCCUGUACCAACAGCGCGAAAAUUUCCUCGUGUCUCGGCACCUGCCCGGAGCUGGUCUGGCCCUGCUGCUGGCCGUUUGGGCUUUGUUUCUCCUGGUGUUUGUUGACCGCGAUUUACCGGAACCGGCAACUGUGUUUACGCACGGUCUACGUACUGACAGAACGGCAUUUCUACCGGAUCAUCAUCGACGACGAAGAUGUCUGGCGUUACAGCAAGGAGGGCGACGAGCAAGUUGCUGAGACGACGGGGCAGGAAGGUAGUAGUAGUGCUCGCCCAGGCGGUGAUGCGAUGAACGGUGCGGAAGAUAGUGAUAGUAGGACGCGGGAAGAGCGAGAAAGUAGUCCUAGCGGGGGCAACGAGGAAUCAUCGGGCACAAAAGCAAAACAGAACUUAGGCAAGAAAGCGACCACCGAGGAGAUCAUAGGCAAGAGCGAUGUUAAAGACCCCCAACACAAGAGCGCUUCAAUCGAGGCAAUCAAGUUGCAAAUGAAGGGAAACUACGAGCAGAAUAUCAAGCGUGGGACAUCAAGCAAGGCAAACCAAAAGGACACUUCGGCGGCAUCAAGCGGUCAGAUGUUGAACAGGCCCUCUAAACAUGCGUUUUUCAACCAGAACACGACAUCUUCGAACAGUGCCACGACUUCUACACAACUGCAGGAACGAGGAGUGAAAAUAAGCACGGACGACAAAUCGAAGAAAAUCCUGCGGCUCGGCACAACCUCUGGCAGGGUGAAGUUGACCGAGUUGAAGCCCAUCACGAUCAUCGAGAACGAGGAGACUCUCCCGACGAUCGUGAAAAACAAUACAAAACUUAUCAAGGAAGACAACUGCGUCUACGAGGCGAUGGUGCAGCGACUGUACUUGGAGGGUGUGAUUCUCGAGAUUCCCCGGGACAGCAUCUUAUCCGAUGAGAAAAAUGUCUUGAUCGGCAAUUUCACCAUGUACGUGACCGACACGGAGAAGACGCUAGAACUGUUGAAAGAGCACUGCGCACGGGUUACGACCGAAGAACAGCAUUCGUUUUUAUCUUCCAGGGCCGUCGCGGAAGAAAUGUUUGUCGGAGCAGCAGGAACAAAUAGUACUAACGUCAGUCCGACGAGCGCGAGUGGUCAACAACUGCAAUUGGCGCCGAAGCAGCAGGUCAUGUCGAGCUCUUCCAGCAGUGGGCACGUGGCAACGUUUACGGAAGAGAGUCGGAUUUUGGCAGAGCAGUACGCGAUAGGGAGGAUGUCCUACAAACAAUUCCAAAAGAAAAAGAGACAGCUGGAAAAAAUGUUUGCGCCGACAUAGGUCGUGGUGGGUUUUGCAACCUGAUGACCACGCUUUUUCAUUCCCAGUUCUUCAAAAUAUCGG